AUGUCCGACAAAGAGCUCCGUCUGCGACUACUCGUCCGCCGUCAUGGCGUCCCUGAGGUCAAGCUCGUGUGGAACGUGCCCACAGGCCCCGAUUGGACCAUCGCAAAGCUGAUUGCCCAAGUCGACGAGGCCAUUCCCCUUGAGAGCGGCGAGUGGGGUCUCGAGGACUACGCCGUUGAGCUAAGGGGUACUGACGGCGAACCUUUUGAGUGUCUGCACUUUCAACAAGUCUCCAAGGUCCUGAAGGACGACGAUCAGGUCAUUAUCCGAUCCCUCCUGACCGAAGACAUCAAGCGUCGCCGUCUCAGUGGGAGACACCAGGUCUCCUUCGACGGCAAACAUCUCGUUGAUGGCCUCGCUUUCGGCCGACCUUGGCUCAGAACCCCGCGCGACCGUCCACAAGUGGAACUGCCGCCCCGAAAGCGAGCCCGACUUACAUGGGAAAGCGAUGACGAUGCUGCCGCCCCCAAUCCUCCCGACGGUUCAGACGAAGACGCGGACCGAUCCCCUUUACUCAUAGAAUAUGACAAAGAUGAUCGUUCCAUGAAGGGCCACUCCAAGAAUGUCAGAUUCCACGCCGAACAAGACAAGGACUCAAAGGACAUUACUAGGGAUGAGGAGGGUGCUGAGGACGAAUUUGGAGCAGAUGACUUCCAGUCCGGCAGUGAAAGCUCUGACAGCGAGUCGGUCAUGGAAGAUGACGAGGCGAGUUUACUUGACGAGCUCAGGGACAUUCAGGAGGACCAUGCCGCUGUAGAGGGCGACCAUGAGGACCAUGAGGUGCAACUGCCGCCUCACCAGGUUCAGCAGAUAUCAGAGUCCCCUCUACAGCCACAACUAGUGACCGUUCAGGCAUGGAUCGCCUCUUUGCGUAUCUCCUUUCCCGAAAAGUCCGUUGAAGAAAUUUCUCAAGCCUUGAUAGAAAGCCACUACGACACCUGGGAGGCAUAUCGUCGUCUGGACCGCCAGCUUUAUCUCCAACAGGAUCAAUCGAGCCCUGUACGACCGUCGAACCCUGGUCCACCCGAUGUGGCAUCCAUCAGCAGCUCAUCGAGUGCCAGCUCCAGCUCCGACUCGAGUUCUGAGUCGGACUCGGAUCUGGACACAAGAAAUAAACCACGAGAGAGACUAGCUAUCGACUCGGACGAAGAUUCGGACGACGACUCGGAUUUUGAUGCAGAUGAUGCCAACGAUGAUAGCUCAUCAUCUGACUCCUCAUCUGACUCCUCAGACUCAUCGUCCUCGGACUCAGAGGACUCCGAUCACAGUCCUUCCAAAAGGACAGCUAUCUCGCGCAAAGCCGUACCGGUAUCGACAAUCGCAGAUGGUGAUCUCUCGGAGAAUGAUGACACUGUCAUCCGAUACCCUAUGCAAGAUACGCUAGCUACGGAAAUUUCUGAGGAAGACAGCAGCAGCAGCAGCAGUGACAGUAGCAGCGAUGACUCUAGCUCCGAAUCGGAGCCCGAAGAGCUGACCAGCAAGGCUCCGAUUAGCCUAUCAAGUAAACAAGCCGCUGUGUCAGCACCACAACCGUCUUCCUCCGUUGUCGAGAACGAUGACCAGCCGCUCGUGCCGCCAGGACGUGGAAUGCGUAAGACACAAAAGAGAAACCUCAGGCGACGGUUGGCCAAGAAAAUGGCAUCCAGAGAUCAAUCAGAACUGAGCAUCAAUGAGCCUUCUGCCGCUUCCACGCCUGAUGCCUCCAAGUCUCGGGAGGAAGCAGAGUUUCUGGCACGGAAAAAGGCACUCCUUGAUAUGAUGGAAGUAGACACAUCCGUACCAUCGGCAAGUCCGCUCAAGUUGAACAAGUAUCCCGAGUCUGCACCCGCAGAUCUAUCAGGUAUCACAAGUCCUUCAACGUCCCCGGUAGGCGCUGUUGAAAACAUAGACGGGCCAAGCGAACAUUUGGACGCGACCUCGUCGGCAGCAAGUCGCCGCACCAAGUUGAAUGUCGAUGCGGGGCGUCGGAUGCUGUUUGGCGCUUUGGGUCUCCGCAACCCAAAGACUAAAGCUGACGAAGAGAAGUUGCGCACCAGGUUGAUGAAGGAUGUGCGACCACAUAUCAACCCUCGCGUUACUGACGCAGAGGGCAGUCAGGCGGCAGCAGUAGUUCAGGCUACCGAAGAAGUCGAGGAGGAAGACCCGGACGCCUGGCGCCAGAAGAUAAAUUGCAGCGCUGUUGAGUGCUGUGACGAAGGCAUCGUGCUGUCUGAACCGCCAUUCCCUUUUGUGCAGCGGUGGGAUCCUCAGCAGCAGUACGAUCCGUCACAGAAGAAGGGCAAGCGCAAGCGACCUCAGCGGAAUGCUUCUCAGUUCUACCAGGAGGAUGACUCGCAAGCCUGGAAGAAGCAGAGAAAUUCCUUGGAGAUGACAGUCACGAUGCAUCAUAUGCCACAGAAGGGGACUUCACGCAGGAUGAUAUUAUUCUCCAGUACGAUGACGCUCCCGAAGAAGAGGCUCCACCAGCGCAGAAAGCCCAAGCAAAUAGACAUGUCGCAGGGUAACGACGGCGCCGAUCUACGACUGCUUCUGGCCAUGAGGGACAGAGGGCUUGACAAGCCCGAGAAGACGUAUGACCAAGGCACCGGCAAGCGCAUAUACGACAAGUUUGAGGCGCCUGACAUCGACGAAGACGAAGAUGAAGACGAGGUUGACGAUGGCUAUCGUGAUGUGCAGUUCAACGAACUGAUCGAGCCUAAGAUUCUACUUGCUGCAGGUACCCAGAAGCAAGAUGGUUGGACUGACAGUGUCGUGCGGGAGACACAGUCCGAAGAAGGCAGAGAUCGAGACGAGAGACUUGUCAACGGGUAUGAGGAUCAAAUGAUGACAACUACGGCGGAACAGCCCGUGGAGGCUGACGGUAUGCAGGGUGAUUUAGGUUCUGAUAGCAGUGCCGCUGUUUUGGAGAAUGCUGCUAGUCCUACGCAGCAGAAUCAUGAAGAGGAGGAUGCAAACCGACAUGCACAACCUCGGAGCACACGCUCUUCUCCGGUCAUCUCACAACAGAUCGGAUCCACGGCAGAACAACCAUCGGCAUCUGAAGAAGUAUCCCACAACUCUAGGCAGUACCAUGAUACCAUUCCCUCACCUCGCCAUGCUUACAAAGAUUUGGACGGUCUCCAGGAUGGCCAGCCAUCUCAGCAAGGCGACAACCAUACCGAAGACCUAAACAGCCCGCCAGGAAGCUUGCGCACCGACCUCAUCCCCGCCGAUAUGACACUCGCCGCUACCGGUGCGGUACCUCCACCGGGAGUACAGGGGGAACAUGGUUUCUCGGAUUCCACACCAAAGGCAAAAGCCCUGUUGAAGACACCAAGCAAAAACAUUGCAUCUGAGACGCCAUCGCCGAGUCUGUCACUGCCCUCCGUCAGUGAAAUUUGGGCGACCGCUGCGUCCCACAAUUCGCAUGGCACGCAAAGCCCCGCCCGAACGACGGCAGAGUCCAUUUUGAUUAGAAAGAUACUGAAGGAUGAGGAGUAUGAGGAGGCUAUGCGCCGCAUCGAUGACGAAGAUGAGGGCGAGGAAGCGUUGCUAGGCACGCCCAAGAAGCGACUGUUUUCGAACACGCCUCGGCCUGCUGAUGGUCAGAAGCCAGACUUCCAGAUACCUCCAGGCAGUCAGGUCAUUACCCUGUCGUCAGACCGAGAAUCCCAGGGAAAGGCAGAGCAGCAUGAAAAGGCGAGCUUGGAUGAAGCUGGUGCCAAGGGCAGUUUGAAAGGUGCCCUCAAGGGGAAGAAGAACCAGGCGCAGCGCAAGAAGGAGGCCAAGUCCCGCGCUGUCAGUAUGCCUACCAAGAUGGGUAAACUGCCUCAGAAAGGGCGGACGUCAGUCUCCGCGACAGUCCAGUCCAAGAGCGCUGCUAAAAGUGGAAAGGGAAGACGUGCAGCCAGCGCGAUGCGGGAUGCAUUAGUCUAGGCCCUGUGUACAGUAAGAACGUCCAAGAGCUUGUGGGAAAGGAGGAGUUUACGCAUGUGGACAUCAGAAGUAGUCUCAGCAAGAUGAUACCCAUACAUUACUUCAUAAUCAAGAUAUCGAAGGAAUUCAAGCUCUUUGAGUC